AUACUAAUAGCUUUGAUUUUUUAUUUCUACUUUCAGAUUUAAUCCUUAACUCGACGCCAUGAAGUUUGCCGAACAUUUGACGGCUCACAUAACGCCGGAAUGGCGUAAACAAUAUAUUAACUAUGAGGAAAUGAAAGCCAUGUUAUACAUGGCCGUUGAAGAGGCGCCAUCCGUCGAUAGCGUUGAAGAUGAAGUACUUAAACGACACUUUGCCAAUUUCGAUGAGAAUUUCUUCCACUAUUGUGAUAAAGAGCUAAAGAAAAUCAACACUUUCUAUUCGGAAAAAUUGGCCGAGGCCACACGUAAAUUUGCCACACUCAAAGCUGAAUUGAAAACCUGUAUCGAAGAGUCUGAACGUUCGGCCAAGAAGUCGAAAUCAUUAAAAAAGACUGCUGGUUUACCGCAUCGUAAAGCCCAAGAGCUGAAGCUAGCCUUUAGUGAAUAUUAUUUGAGUUUAAUUUUGUUACAAAAUUAUCAAAAUUUAAAUCACACCGGGUUCCGUAAAAUCCUAAAGAAACAUGAUAAACUAUUGCGUGUGGAUAGUGGUGCCAAGUGGCGUCAGGAUCAUGUUGAAGCAUCACAUUUCUUUACGAACAAAGAUAUUGAUAAUAUUAUCAAUGAAACGGAAUCGAUGGUUACCAAUGAAUUGGAGGGUGGUGAUCGUCAAAAGGCAAUGAAACGUUUACGUGUACCACCACUCGGCGAACAACAGAGUCCAUGGACCACGUUUAAAGUGGGUCUGUUUUCGGGUUCGUUUAUUGUUUUGGGUAUUGUGGUGGUAUUGUCGGCAAUUUUCCACGACAUAACCGGUGAAAAUCUUAAGGUCACCUUCCGUUUGUAUCGUGGCCCCUUACUUAUUAUCGAAUUCAUCUUCCUCAUUGGUGUUAACAUCUAUGGCUGGCGUUCUUCGGGUGUUAAUCAUGUGCUUAUAUUCGAAUUAGAUCCUCGAAAUCAUUUGUCCGAACAACAUUUAAUGGAAUUGGCGGCAAUAUUCGGUGUCAUCUGGACCCUAAGUAUGUUAAGUUAUUUAUAUUCGGCCAGUUUAAGUAUACCGGCAUUUAUAAAUCCCCUAACGUUGACCAUUAUAAUGGUGGCAUUUUUAAUAAAUCCCUUUCAUGUGUUUCAUCAUGAUGCCAGAUUUUGGUUGCUUAGGAUAUCGGGACGCAUGUUUGCUGCCCCAUUCUUCCACGUUGGCUUUGCCGAUUUCUGGCUGGGUGAUCAAUUGAAUUCACUGACCACAGCCUUAUUGGAUUUUGAAUAUUUGGUUUGUUUCUAUUUUACAAAUGGUAACUGGUUUGAGGCCCGAGAUGCCUCCAUUUGCAUGGAAAAAGAUUAUAUUAUUAGGCCGAUAUUUAAUUGUAUACCAGCAUGGGUGCGUUUUGCUCAGUGUCUGAGACGUUAUCGUGACACUCGAGAAGCAUUUCCACAUUUGGUAAAUGCCGGCAAAUAUUCAACAACAUUUUUGGUCGUCAUCUUUGCCACCCUCAAGAGUUUCAAUAGUCGUUACUACUCCAGUACUUUUGAAAAUCCUUACACCUGGUUGUGGAUAGCUGCCUCAGUGGUUUCAUCACUCUAUGCCUACACAUGGGACAUAAAAAUGGAUUGGGGCUUAUUCGAUAAGAAUGCUGGGGAAAAUACUUUCCUGCGCGAAGAAAUUGUCUAUUCAUCGACGGGCUUCUACUACUUUGCCAUUAUUGAAGAUUUAGCGUUACGUUUCAGCUGGGCCGUAUCGUUCUAUAUAACUGAAAUGAAGUACUUAAGCGGUGAUAUUAUGACAUCUAUAACUGGUAUACUUGAAGUAUUUAGACGUUUCGUUUGGAAUUUCUUCCGUUUGGAGAACGAACAUCUAAAUAAUUGCGGUAAAUUCCGUGCUGUGCGCGAUAUUUCCAUUGCACCCAUCGAUUCAUCAGAUCAAACCCUAAUACUACGUAUGAUGGAUGAACCGGAUGGUGUUAUAAAUCGUUAUACCAAAACAAAUCGUCCCAAGCCGAAAAAGACAAAAGAUCCCGAGAAGAGAAGUUUAUUGCCACCACGUGGUUCUCUGCAGGAUCUUACCAUAGACAUUGAUGGUACUAAGAAAUUAUAG